AUUCGGUCGGAUAUAGCAGUUACUUAAUGCGUGAGUGCGAGGAAGAAAUUAAACAGGCAUGUUAUACUGAGCGUGCUGAAGAUGCCCUUCCUUCUGACAGUAUUAGUGAUAGCGAAAUAAAAAGUAUCACGAAGUAUCUUGAUCGAGAAGAAAUUACAAAUCUUGAAGGACAAGACUGUUUCUCUGCAAUAAAAACUUGGAUGGAGAAGGAACGAGAUCGACAUGCAAACUACAGAGAAAGACUUCGAGAAAAGUUGAAACUAAUCGGAAAGGAAGCCCUCGUUCCAUUGGAAAACAAGGGAGAUUUGUAUCACGUUCAACUGGCCGAUAUAGCAUUUCGUCUCUUGAUGACAGAUGUGUAUCCACUGGCUAGGGCCCUCGGCAUAUCCGAAGAUAAACUAAGAUCAUAUAGAAGACUAUAUCUGACUCCUUCUAACAUGUCCAGAGGAACAGUGGGAGUCUUGAUAAAAAAGAUAAAGACGGGCAGAAAAAUGUGUAAUAUUCUCAAACCAGGCUUCCCAGAAAUUAGUCAUCUGCUGAAGUACGCAUAUGAAUUAUCAUACGCUGACUUGUGUCACGUCAGCUAUGGAGAAGGUUCCAAAGAGGCGAACCGCAACAAAAUUGGUCAGAAUCUUGGAAUAAACAGAGAAAUAACAGACAUCAUGGACAUGCUGAGGUAUUGGAGGUCUUUGGUGAAAUGCCCGACAUACAAUUGGAGGACAGCACUGGCUGAGGCAGUUUAUCCAGUUGUAUAGGGAAAGAAAAGGCGCU